CUCGUUAUGAACAUUCUCUUUUGGCUGUUCUCAACACAGGACAAUGAAGUAUAGAUAGUAGGAUAAACAUGGAUGCCAUCGGCUUCAUCGCAUCCAUAGCCCAACUCGCAGGCGCCGGCCUGACACUCUCCAAGGCUCUCUACGAAUACUCGUCCAGCGUAUCCAACGCACCAAAGAAACUCAAUGAUCUCGCUCAAGAUGUACAAUUAACGUCUCCUGUGCUUGAGCGCUUGAGCGAAGUCUUCACAGAAGCGACCAUGCGAGCUUUUGUACGACCUGGAGCCUUACACACCGCGCAAGAAGCCAUUGCUGGAUGUUCUGAUAUCUUUGGUGAGAUGAGAGUGCUGAUUGAGGAGGGUAGGAAAGGAAUGGGAAAAUUUAUGUUGCCGUUUAAGGAGUCGAAGAUCCAGCUUUUGAAUGCGAGGCUGGCGAGUCUGAAAAGUACGCUGCAGUUACUGUUGCAAGUGUUGCAAUAUGCUUCUAGUGUUAAUGUAGAUCCAAGUGUUAGUCAGUUUAGUCUGAAUGGGUCUUGGUUGAUGUCCCAAUUCAAGACCCUGAUCGACGAGCGCGAGGAAGCGAAGCGAAACCUUGAGCUGCUCAAGGCAGAAAUUGGAUCAAUUAAUAGCGGUGUUGGGGAGCCGUCCAACAGCUCUUCAAAGCCUCAAGAGAAACCGUCGACAACUGAAGAAAUCGGAGCUUCAGACGCACAAUCUACAUCAAUUCCCAAAGAACAAGCUGGGCUUGUAGGCAAUGGGAGCGUGAGCUUAUCAGCGUACCUACCGGUCACCCUUUCGUCGACUAUUCCUGCUUCUCAAGACAAGAAAAACGAGCAGAAGCCCACGACCGCUCUUAGCCGACCAGGCAGUAUCUUGAGCAACGAGUCACGACGUAGCUUUUUCUGCUGGCCUUGCUCCCGCAAAGUGAAGUCACAUGAACUUGCACCUUACCCCACACCUCAUCCUGAACCAUACCACCUAAGUCCAGUGAGUCUAAGUGCUGGGGAAGGUACUGGUUAUCUACCGCCUACCCUGUAUCAACACGAUACUCAGUCAUAUUCAUAUGCCUCUCCACCUUCAGCGUAUGCGAACCUGGAAAGAUAUGGACCCGAGGGGAUAACUGAGAUGUCCGGUGCAACUACGGCUUCGAUACCUAGGCCGGCAGAAUUGGGUGAUUACUUUUAGUAGACAAGCAAGAAUACUUGUUCCAUCAUAUUGGGGACUACAGAAUUGUUGGACUCAACUUCGCAAAUUAGCUUUCACAAUCAUCCUGAUCAGAAGAAUUAUCACAAACUCCAC